GACGAGGUGAUAUUUUUUGGAAGUUUCAUGGGCGAUCUAGAGACUCUAGGUGGCGCUUCAGUCGAGGAGAGUAAAGCACCAUCGCCGCCAUCAACGUCGAACUCACUCCCAUCGUUUAUAGAGCCGCUGCGUUGGCUCAGAGCGGAGGAAGCUACUCGAAACAUCAUUCAGAAGGUUCAGCCAACAUCUGUCUCUGCAGAGAGGAGACGAGCGGUCAUCGAUUAUGUUCAGAAAUUGAUCAGAGAAACUCUAGGUCUUGAGGUGUUCUCAUAUGGAUCUGUACCUCUAAAGACCUAUCUUCCUGACGGUGACAUUGAUCUGACUGUAUUUGGCAGUCCGAUGGUGGAGGAUGCUUUGGUCAAUGAUAUGUCAUCAGUUCUUGAAGGAGUGGAUCAAAACAGCACUGCAGAGUUCGCUGUAAAGGAUGUCCAGCUCAUUCGUGCUGAGGUCAAGCUUGUAAAGUGCAUAGUUCAAAAUAUUGUCGUCGACAUCUCAAUCAAUCAAAUAGGUGGUCUUUGUACGCUGUGCUUUCUUGAAAAGGUUGAUCAACUCAUUGGCAAAGAUCAUCUAUUUAAACGCAGUAUUAUUUUAAUAAAAGCCUGGUGCUAUUAUGAAAGUCGAAUCCUUGGUGCUCAUCAUGGCUUGAUAUCAACUUAUGCUUUGGAGACUCUUAUUUUAUAUAUCUUUCAUCUAUUUCAUGCCACCCUGGAGGGUCCUUUAGCAGUUCUCUACAAAUUUUUGGACUACUUUAGCAAGUUUGAUUGGGAGAACUAUUGUAUUAGUUUAUCUGGUCCUGUCCGCAUAUCAUCUUUGCCAGAACUUGUGGUUGAGGCACCUGAAAAUGAUGGCGGUGAGUUACUGCUCGACAAUGACUUCCUAAGUUAUUGUGCCAAAAUGUUUUCUGUUUCUUCUAGAGCUUAUGACAUGAACUCCAGAACCUUUCAACAAAAGCAUCUUAACAUAGUUGACCCUCUUAAGGACAACAAUAACCUUGGACGUAGUGUUAGCAAAGGAAAUUACUAUAGAAUACGGAGUGCAUUCACGUAUGGUGCUAGGAAGCUUGGGAGAAUACUUGUGAUGUCAGAUGAUGAUGAGAUUAUUGAAGAGCUUCAUAAUUUCUUCUCCAACACGUUGGGUAGGCAGAGGCCAGGUGUUCAAGAUCAUAUUCCUGUUUCAGAGACGGAUAAAUCUCAAUUUGGCGGGACAAAUUUAAGAACGGAAUCUGGUAGUCUUAUGGACACCAACAAAGAUGGUACUUUUGAUCCUUCUCAUGGAUUAUCAGAGAAAGAAGCCAUUGGUGAAAAACAGGAUGAAUUGGUUCAUCGUUUUUGUGGAGAUGCUAUGGAGCUAGCUACUUCAAAAACACAAGACCUUAAAUUAAGUAACGGUUCUCCAAAAAUUGCUUUCUCAAGCAGUGAUGGUAAUCUAUUUACAGUUGGAAUGACAUUUGAUUCUCAUAUCUGCCACAAUCACUCCAUGUGCAAUGUAGAGAUGAUAAAUGGCAACUGCGAAUCUGGUUUAGAACAAAUAUGUAAUGAGGAGAAGGGUUUGGAACAGAACCUUACAAAUGGUAAAAUUGAGUUUUUCGCUCCUAGUGCAACAGAGGUUACUCAUUUGGGCUCCAUAAAUGGGCACCUGUCUUCAGUGAGUGGCAGUAGUGGUCUGCAACCCGUGAAAGCUUUGUUGGACCUUAGUGGUGAUUAUGAGCAUCAGUUAAGUUGCUUGCAAUAUGGUCAGUGGUGUUAUGAGUGCACUUCAGCUAUGCCCACAAUGUUAGUCCCACCACCACCACCACCACUACCACCACCACCACUGCUGAUGAAUCAGUUUCAAAUCAAGUCGUGGAGUCCUCAACAUCUACCAAAGUUGAGAAGGAAUGGAUUUUCUAAUGGUGGCAUCCCAAGCCAACCAUUUCAUGGCUUAAACUCCUUUCUGCCACCAAAUAUUGCUUUUGGUGAGAUGCACAAGGCACGAGGAACUGGAACAUACUUCCCAAACAUGAACCGACAUUUUCAAGGUCACAUGCCUCCACCUUCACCUUCAGUUAGGAGUCAAUCAGUUGCCUUGAGGCCUAGUCACCAAGCCAAUGGGUGGAAUUCAACAUUCACGGAGCUAGAGAGAGACUGGCAUGAGCUACCACAACCGCAAUCCCAACUGGGUGCUGCUGAUUGUUAUGAAAUCCACCAACAUGCAUUCUCUCCUCGGGGCAAUGAGUAUUACCCAAACUCUACUGUGAAUAGCACUGAGGCUGUCAUUGAGUUUGGGACAAUUGGCCAUGUUACACCACUAUCACCUUCAUCAGAACGGAUCAGGCAACAUAACAAGCACCACUGCUCUUUGCCUCCCCAACAUUCACCAAAUCCACAUUUUAGCAGGGAGUCUGAUAGGGCUCCUCCGGUUAAGUCUGCAUACCACUUGAAAGACGAAGACGAUUUUCCUCCACUUUCUGUCUGAUGAUCAAUACGGGUGGUUUGUGGUGGUCGUCUCAGAAAAAGAGACGAAAAAGAGACACGCAAAACACUAUACUCACUCGUAUAUGUUUGUUGGUGUCUUUGGGAGUAUUCUCUCUUUCUCCAUUGUGUAUCAAUUGAUUGUCUUGUACAUUGUGUGUACUACUAAUUCAGGGUAUCUUUCACCUCAGCUUAAGCUGUGAUUAGUUUUCAUGUAAGUUACCUUGUAUAGGAUGUUUUUUGUUUUUUAAUUAUUAUUUUAUCAGAGGUUUUGUUUUCUCCAGUUUUAAAUGUAUCUAGGAGACCCACCAACUGAUGACUGAUCUGAUAGUUGAUACUCUCAUAGUGCUAUAUAAACAUUCAUUUUAUAAUAGCUUGAGAUAUACGGAGUAAUAUUUUUCUCUAUUGCUGCCAAUUUUACUA